AUCAUGCGCCAUCUUGAUUUUUAUUCAUGUAAUUUUUUUCCACACUGCAGAUUGAAACAUCACACACAUGGGUUCUGGAGCGUCUAAACACCACAAAACUGCCGUGAAACCUAAGCCAUCGGAAACCAAUGGUCCAAGCAGCUCAAGAUCUGGGAUGGAAAAUGACGAAAAAGCUGCUAGAAUAAACGAAGUGGAUACAGAAAACCAAAAGGAAGAAUACAAAAAAGUAACCGCCAAGAUCCCUCCGCCUUGUCCUCCUGUGACACGCAAAGUGGACGUCUUCACAAAGGUUUUAUUCAAAGAUGUAGACAAAAAAGUUCUCAAGACCCCCAAAGACUUGAUGGUAAAGCCGUUCCCACAGUUGAUCCAGUACCUCACAGAGGGCGCUAGUAAUGACGUAGCCAAAGUGCGCGCAAUAUUUCAGUGGGUUACCUCUAUUGACAUCCAUGGAAUGGGAAUGGAGAGCCUGCCACCACAGAAAACACCAUUGGAAUCCCUUCUUAAAAUCAAAUGGAAUAUGGUCAAUCAUGCUCAUUUGUUUUUCACUCUUUGCCGGCUAGCACAGUUGCCGUGUGUCAUUGUCAAUGGCAUAAACAAGAGUGCCGCGUACGAGAUAGGCAGACCCGUGGACAAACGCCGCAUGGCCGCCCAGUGGAACGCCGUAUACGUGGACGGAGAAUGGCGUUUAAUGGACGUCUUCUGGGCGUCUUCUUGUGUUGUCGGUCGGACGUCCAAGGAGUGGACUCUUCUAGACAUAGACGGUAAAAUUGUCAGCGAUGAUAGCGAUGAUUACGAGGAGGGCGACGAAGAAGGAGAAACUCAUCAUCGAAUAAACGAAUUUUUCUUCAUGCCAGAUCCAGAUCAAUUUAUAUUUACUCAUUUCCCCAAUGAUCAAAAAUGGCAAUUGCUUGAAAAGCCUCUCACUGUUGAUGAAUUCGGCCAAGGUAUGUAUGUUAGGGAGAUGUUCUGGAAUCUUGGACUGAAACAAACUCCUAACAGCCACAAGACCUGUUUGGUGAAGUCAAACAAUGGUGAAAUAGAUAUUCCCUUUGAACUCCCUGCAUUGGAUGCCAUAAAUGUAAAGUUUAGGUACAUGUUGUAUCGCAAGGCUGGAGGCCCUGUGACAGGGGGACAAAUGGACCGAUUUGUGUUUUACACGCGUCAAGGAAAUACUCUGAACUACAAUAUCAGGUUCCCCGUGGCAGGUACCUUCAGGUUGAAUGUAUUUGGCCAGGACAUUACUAAACAUGAUAGCCUGGAAUUGUGUUGUGCCUACGUAAUCGAAUGCCCGGAACCCAAACGCGAUGUGGAACCGCUUCCUGAUAACCCAGUCAUUGGUUGGGGACCAGGCGCCGAGACCGAGGACGCAGGCAUGACUCCACUAACACAUGACUGCGGGCUUGUCGAGACGGAAGAUGGAUGUGUUGAAAUGAAAUUCAGGCUGAAAAAAGAUGUGUCCCUGCUCCAAAGUCUGCUGAGUAACAAAAUGGACGAGAAAGUCUUGGAAAAUUUUGUGAUCAGUCGCGUUGAAAAUGGUGAGGCCUUCGUCACAGUGCGCCUACCGAAGAAAGGUGAAUACGCACUGAAACUGUUCGCAAAUGAUCGGAACGACGAAGGAGAUAUUCCGAACGUCUGCAACUACCUCAUACGCUGCUUAAACGACAAAGUGAAAAACGAACCUUAUCCACAUGUUCAUAACGGAGCUUUGGGGAAAGGGAACUUCGCAAGCAAACUGGGCGUCGUGCCUCUAAAUUAUCCUGGAGGACUCAUAGAAACCGACGACGGUCAGUGCACACCUCAGUUCCGAGCACCCAAAGGAGUUGAACUUUUCUGUGAAAUUCACUCGGCCGGUUUAGAUGAUAGUGUCUUUAAGCAUUGCCUGCGUAAGACCGGUCCAAAUGCUGGAGGGGAAACGUCUUUGGAAAUCAUCUUACCUAAGGCUGGGGAGUGCUCCGCGAGCAUUUACGCCUGCAGAACGGAAGAUCCGGACCGCCUCUACAAUGUCCACAACUAUCUCAUCAUUUCAAAAGCUGACCGAAGCGACGCUGAUGUCAGCAACAAGGGGCUAAAUGAGAAGCCCAAAAUUCCAGAUGUGGACAAACCUAAGGUUACCCACAAUGGUACAGUCGAAAUCCGCCUGCCCAAAUCAUUUGAAAACCUUAUGGCUGAGCUCCAAAAGAAGAACUCGAUCGACCCCAUUAAGACACAGCAAGUUACCCUGAGGGAGGAUGGCGGGGAAUACGUCGUGAGGAUUGAAGUCCCGGAUGAAGGAGAGUACCUGCUGACUUUGUUUGAACACACGGAAAGCGGGUCACUGUCCAAUCUUGGCACAUACACCGUGUACAGCGAGCCAAUGGCUUCGGCUCCCGUCAUAUCAGAACAGUCAGAGGAGCCGCCUCCUGUCACAAAUCAAAUGUCAGCAGAAGAAAAGAAGAAAUUAGAGGAGGAGAGAAAACUGGCCGAAAAGCGGCGAAUGUUGAAUAGCAAGCUGAAGUUAGCCAUGGAAUCCAAAGAUCCUAACGAACUUGCCGUAGCUAUCAAAGAAUUCGAGGAUAGUGGUUUCCCUGAUAAUAAGAAUAACCUGGAAAAGGCAAAGAAAAUGCUGAUGCUGCUGAAGGCGAAAUCGGAUCUUGUGACAGCAAUGUCUGUUCGUGAGGUGGAUGUGUUAGAGAGGGCCAUAGAAGCUGGAGAGGCUGCCAACUACAACAAGAGCCUUAACCUUGAGCUUGCUUACGCCAAACGUGUCCUAGAACACCUAAGACACAUUGAAAAACUGCGCCAUGAUAUCCUGAAUUUGGACCAAAAGACCAUAGCUGAGAUACGGAGUUAUUCCAAUCCGCCGGAUGCUGUUCAUCAAGUUAUGGUGGCAUCGUACCUUUUGCUUGGGUUAACAGAAGACCAAGUGAAGGAAUGGCGGUCCGUACAAGCGUUUAUGGGCAAAACUGGUAAAGAAAGCUUGAAACGGAUGGUUUCUCAGUUUAACGUUGAGAAACUUGCAGUAGAUGUAGCCCUUCGAGCCAAGCAGAUCCUGGCCAGAUUCAGCAAAGAUAAAGUACACGAUGUGAGCGCUGGGGCGGCCACAUUUUAUGUCUGGGCUCAGGGAAUGAUUGCCGAAUGCGAAUCUCGUUUUACCGAAAGGCGGUGAUUUGAGCACAGUUCGACCAAAAACUGCCAGAGGGAAAUCUGCCUUUGGUGAACGCAAACCCGAGGAUUCGCCCACACAAGGAUGGGCAUAACAAUAUAACACAAGAUAAGGGCGUAAAAGCAGAGAUAACAGUAUUGUGCUCAGGUUUAUAUUUGAAAAAGGGAUUUGAACCCCUUACGUGUGUAUUAAGAGAAGUUAAGUUCGCUUAAUGCCUUUUCGUAUUCAAACAUUUGCUUACUGGAGGCAAGCACCUGUAUUGUAUAGUAUAUGUAUCAGCGUAAAUGUGUGGCCAAAGGAUUCUUUAUUUCCUAUUUUGUACGGUAAGUUUGUAUCACAUACUUUAAAAAAACA